AUGGAAGCACCUCCAGCAGCAACAGAAACUCCUACCACUAUUACUUCUUUAUCUCUUAAUGAUACUACUACUCAAGAGAAUGUGCAGAAGGUACCAUCAGAAAGUCGGUUUCCUCUUGUUGAUGAAGGAGAUGAUCAAGUAGGAGUUCCUUUGAGUGAAAAUGAUGAAGAUGCGCAUGCCAUCAUCGCAAAUACACUCCCCAAGUCGGUCAUAAUCCAAUCGAACAUAGACAAUUUAUACUUGCACUUCGAGAAAGAAAAUCCAUGGGUACCUAAUGCCAUCCGGUUCCAUGGAGAUUACAGUUUCGGGCUCGAGACAAGGUUCGAAGUGGUGCAAGCUACCACUGUAACUGGCCUCGUCCAUAUCAGGUGUUUGCGUAAUAACAAGUACUGGGCAAAUUCCGGUACGUCCUACAGAUGGGUCACUGCCAUGGCCAUCAAACCUGAGGAGAAUCAGUCCGAUCCAUAUUGCACGCUCUUCAAGCCUAUUUUCGAGUAUUCCAACAAUAACCGCGUCGUUAAGCUCCGCCACGUCAACACCGGCUACUAUGUCAGGAGGUUUUAUGGUGGCGACCAUUAUUAUGGUGCCUUGUAUUUAAGUGCUUCAGGCGACAGCUGUGAAAGGUACACCUUCAUUGACUGGGAAUCUGUGGUUAUGUUGCCCGACCUUAUCAGGAUCAAGGGAGACAACGGAAACCAUCUUGAGUCCUACGGCGGAGACGGUUAUAUGGACUACAAUCGCAAAGCCGAUAAUUCCUCAUUCUUUGACUACGAGGUGUCUCCAAGUCGGGACGGAGGCAUCCGCCUGAAGGGUGUUUACCAUGGCAAGUAUUGGACUGAUGUGGAUACUAGUAUUUGGGUAUUGUUAAAGGAGGCUGCCACCACAUUCCAUGACACAAACCCGUAUUUUUACCCACGAUAG